GGGGGUGCGGAGUUUGCAUGCGGUGGGGGUCGCCUUCCUCCCGGCCCGGCUCCCGCCUCGCCUGCGCGCAGGCCCCGGUGCGCCGCGGGCAGGCUGCGGCGGAGCGGCCUGCCGGGCCUGCUCGGCUCGGGCCGCUGCGGGGCCGGGGCGCUGCGAGGGCGGCGGCUGCCGGAGCCCCGCGGCCACCCGAGCACCGGGGCUGCCAGAGCUAGCGGCUUCGGGCCGGCUCGCCGUGAAGGGGGCGGAGGGGGGUGAUCGCUCGGACGUGGCCGUCCCGCCGCCUUCCCCCCCCACCCCUUCUCCCGCUCUCCCUGCCCGCCGGAGGGGCCGCGGCCUCCCCCUCCCCGGGCGUCCCCCGCGCGUAGCGGGGGCCGUUCCUCCCUCCCGCCCGGAGCUCGGCGCCGGGCCGGGCUCGGCAGGGCCCGCUCGGGUAGGGCCGAUCCCGGGCCGGGGAGCGAGCGGGCCUGGCGGGGGGGGGCGCGGGCGCCGCGCUGAGGGGAGGGGGCCGCGGCCCGUCAGCGAGGUGCCCGGGGCCACGGCGGCCCGCAGAGGCGGGAGCAGCCCACCCGGGCUGAGGGGCUGAGGGAGGGCCGGCUGGAGCUGCCUGUGCGGAGAACACGGGGCUGAGGCAGCGGAAGAACAUGGUCGUUUUCCCCAGAAUGGGGUGGGGAUGAGGGAUGUGGAGAAAGUGCCAGAUCUCAGCUCUCUCCGCAGGGGAAGGGGGGGGUGAAGGGUUGUGCCCGAGACCUCUGCUAACAGUUACAGGUGCAGCCCGGAGAGCAGAGGGGCUGGUUGGUGUAGCCUAGCGUGGCAGCUGGCUUGGAGAAAAGCCUUGCUGAAGAGCCAUCUCACGGCAGAUCCCGGAGAGGAUGGGGCUUGGCGCGUAGGCGGAGGUAGUUACUGGUUUUACCAGUGCAAGGCUUUUUAUGUAGGGUGACCAGAACCGGCUGGAACUGGUUUGAGGCAGAUCAGCUCCUGAACACAAUGCAGUCACUGAGCUACUACAGUGGGAUAGCUUCCUCCCUUCAUGGCAGCCAAAAGCAGAGGAGCUUGCAGAAAGAUACCAUCCCAAAACAGUAUGUGAAUGCACACUUUAGACACACAGCACUGGCCUAUUGAUUGGGGCUGCCUUUAACCCUUUCAUAUUUGCAGAGGUAAUGCAUCUGUGGCAGUAACUGAGCAUUGGCUAAAAAAAUCUUUCAAAGGUCAAGGUUCACAAGAUCUCUACAAGUGCUUCCCCUGUGCAUCUCUGCAUAUUACUGAAACGUCCGUGGAAAAAGGCAAAUGUCAUAGUGGGAUUUAAAUCUAAAAAUAUACUCAAAAUUUGCUUACAAUCAAAUACAUGACCAUGGGGGAUAUGAAGACCCCAGAUUUCGAUGACCUUCUUGCAGCCUUUGACAUACCAGACAUGGUUGAUCCAAAAGCAGCUAUUGAAUCUGGACAUGAUGACCAUGAAAGCCACAUAAAACAAAAUGCUCACACAGAUGAAGAUUCUCAUGCCCCAUCAUCAUCGGACGUUGGUGUGAGCGUCAUUGUGAAAAAUGUGCGUACUAUUGAUUCUUCUGAAGGAGUGGACAAGGAUGGCCACCAUUCCACAGGCAAUGGCUUGCAUAAUGGCUUUCUAACAUCAUCAGCUCUUGACAGUUACAGUAAAGAUGAAGGGAAGUCACUUAAAGAUGAUGGGUCAGCUUCUGAGACUACACUGAAGGAUUCAGCUUUCAACCAGUUUAGCCCAAUAUCAAGUGCUGAAGAAUUUGAUGAUGAUGAAAAAAUUGAGGUGGAUGACCCUCCGGAUAAAGAGGAGAUGCGUGCAAAUUUCAGAGCAAAUGUCUUGGCAGGAUCUGUAUCUCAGCAGGAAUAUGACAAACUAAAGGCGCUUGGAGGGGAGAACUUGAUUAAAUCUGGAAUCCCAGUUUCAAGUAGUAUAGAUAAAAAUAAAGUUGCUAAACGAGAGACAGAGACAAACUCCAUGAAUUUAAGUGUCUAUGAGCCUUUUAAAGCUCGAAAAACAGAGGACAAAUUGCUAAAAGACAAUUCUGAGAAGCUUCUUGAAAAUAGGGUACUUGAUGGAAAACUGAGUACUGAAAAAAGUGAAACAAAUCUUGCCAGCAUUUCACAGUCCAAAGCAAAGUCAUCAGCAAAGCUUUCUUCGUGCAUUGCUGCAAUUGCAGCACUCAGUGCUAAAAAGGCAGCUACCGAUACCAGUAAGGAUUUACAGUCUAAUUCAGGAGAAUCUUCUCCUUUACCAAAAGACAUGAGUGAAAGUCCCCGGGCUAUUGAAAAAUCACCUGAAUCUCAGAGUCUUAUUGAUGGUGCUAAAAAGCCAUCUAUCAAACCACCUGAUAGUCCCCGAAGCGUAUCAAGUGAAAACAGUAGCAAAGGGUCUCCCUCGUCUCCUGCAGGGUCAACACCAGCAAUUCCUAAAGUUCGCAUAAAAACCAUCAAGACUUCUUCUGGGGAGAUCAAGAGAACUGUUACGAGAGUGUUGCCAGAAGUUGAUUUGGACUCUGGUAAAAAGCCAGAGCAGACUGCUUCUAUGGUAACUUCCAUGACAUCUUUGCUGUCCUCACCCACUUCUGCUGCUGUUCUUUCGUCUCCUCCUAGAGCUCCUCUCCAGUCCACGGUUGUCACCAAUGCAGUUGCAUCUGCAGAACUUGCACCAAAACAGGUCACUAUCAAACCUGUGGCUACUGCCUUUCUGCCUGUUUCAGCAGUUAAAACAGCAGGUUCGCAAGUUAUUAAUUUGAAGCUUGCUAACAAUACUACAGUGAAAGCCACUGUAAUAUCUGCUGCUUCAGUGCAGAGUGCCAGUAGCGCCAUUAUAAAAGCUGCCAACGCUAUACAACAGCAGACUGUUGUGGUGCCAGCGUCAAGCCUUGCCAGUGCUAAACUUGUGCCAAAGACAGUCCAUCUUGCCAACCUUAAUCUUCUGCCUCAAGGUGCUCAAACCACCUCUGAACUCCGCCAAGUGCUAACGAAACCUCAGCAACAAAUAAAGCAGGCAAUAAUUUCUGCAGCAGCCUCCCAGCCUUCUAAAAAAGUGUCUCGAGUCCAGGUGGUGUCAUCUCUACAAAGUUCCGUAGUGGAGGCGUUCAAUAAGGUGCUGAGCAGUGUCAAUCCCGUACCAGUUUACAUCCCAAACCUUAGUCCUCCUGCCAAUGCCGGAAUAACGUUACCAACACGAGGUUACAAGUGUUUGGAGUGUGGCGACUCAUUUGCUCUUGAGAAGAGCCUGACCCAGCAUUAUGACAGGAGGAGCGUGCGCAUUGAAGUGACAUGUAAUCAUUGUACAAAGAAUUUAGUUUUCUACAAUAAAUGCAGUCUUCUUUCCCAUGCUCGUGGACACAAGGAAAAAGGAGUUGUAAUGCAGUGUUCACACCUGAUUUUAAAACCAGUCCCAGCAGAUCAAAUGAUAGCAUCUCCUUCAAGCAAUACUGCUACAUCUGUGCUUCAAAGCCCUGUGGGAGCUGGCACGCAUGCUGUAACGAAGAUACAGUCUGGCAUAACUGGGACAGUAAUAUCAGCCCCAGCAAGUACACCUGUCAUUCCAGCUAUGCCACUAGACGAAGAUCCAUCGAAACUCUGUAGGCAUAGUCUAAAGUGUUUGGAGUGUAAUGAAGUUUUCCAAGAUGAGACAUCUCUUGCAACUCAUUUCCAGCAGGCUGCAGACACAAGUGGACAAAAGACAUGCAAUAUCUGCCAGAUGCUGCUUCCUAACCAGUGCAGUUUUGCAUCACACCAGAGAAUUCAUCAGCAUAAAUCUCCAUACACGUGUCCUGAAUGUGGAGCAAUCUGCAGAUCUGUCCACUUCCAGACUCAUGUCACUAAGAACUGCCUGCAUUAUACCCGAAGAGUUGGUUUUCGCUGCGUGCAUUGCAAUGUUGUUUACUCUGAUGUGGCGGCACUCAAGUCUCAUAUUCAAGGUUCUCACUGUGAAGUCUUUUACAAGUGUCCUAUCUGUCCCAUGGCAUUUAAAUCUGCUCCCAGUACACACUCCCAUGCCUAUACACAACACCCGGGUAUCAAGAUAGGCGAACCAAAAAUAAUAUAUAAAUGCUCUAUGUGUGACACUGUGUUUACUCUACAACCUUUGCUCUAUCGCCACUUUGAUCAGCACAUUGAAAACCAGAAGGUGUCUGUUUUCAAGUGUCCAGACUGUUCUCUUCUAUAUGCACAGAAACAGCUUAUGAUGGAUCAUAUCAAGUCUAUGCAUGGAACUUUGAAAAGUGUUGAGGGGCCACCAAACCUGGGGAUAAAUCUGCCUCUCAGUACUAAACCCACAACUCAGAACUCAGCCAGUCACAACAAAGAGGACACAAAAUCCGUCAACGGAACAGAAAAGUUGGAGAAGAAAUCUCCUUCUCCCAUAAAGAAAGCUGAGCCUAAAAAAGUCUCUAAUCCUGGCUGGACAUGUUGGGAGUGUGAUAGGCUCUUCACUCAGAGAGACGUUUACAUCUCUCACAUGAGGAAAGAACAUGGAAAGCAAAUGAAGAAACAUCCGUGUAGACAAUGUGACAAAUCUUUCAGUUCAUCCCAUAGUUUAUGUCGUCACAAUCGUAUCAAGCACAAAGGCAUUAGGAAGGUUUAUACGUGCUCGCACUGCCCAGAUUCAAGACGCACUUUUACCAAGCGGUUGAUGUUGGAAAAACAUAUUCAGUUGAUGCAUGGCAUUAAAGACCCUGAUGUGAAAGAAAUGACUGAAUCAACCAAUGUGGAAGAAAGGGAAGUAAAAGAAGACACAAAGGUUCCUAGUCCGAAGCGUAAAUUGGAAGAACCUGUCCUGGAAUUCAGGCCUCCACGAGGUGCAAUCACUCAGCCAUUGAAGAAGCUGAAGAUAAAUGUUUUUAAAGUUCACAAGUGUGCUGUGUGUGGCUUUACAACAGAAAAUCUUCUCCAGUUUCAUGAACAUAUUCCUCAGCAUAAAUCUGAUGGCUCCUCAUACCAGUGCAGGGAAUGUGGACUCUGCUACACAUCUCACGUGUCCCUCUCCAGACAUCUCUUCAUUGUACAUAAGCUGAAGGAGCCUCAGCCGGUAUCAAAACAAAAUGGGUCUGGGGAGGAUAAUCAGCAAGAAAACAAACCCAAUCACGAGGAUGAAUCAUCUGACAGUACGGCAUCAGACAGAAGAUGCAAAGUGUGUGCAAAGACUUUUGAAACUGAAGCGGCCUUAAACACUCACAUGAGAACACAUGGCAUGGCCUUCAUUAAGUCAAAAAGAAUGAGUUCAGCUGAAAAGUGAUCAGAUUAUUUGGGACGCAGAAAUCUCUCUCCACAUUGGAAUACUAAUGACAUUUUUGCUACAGAAAGUUCAAGGUAUAAUAGUGUUAACAGUACUGUUCAGGCUGUUGCAAUAUAUUCUGCAUAAAAGUGUCCCCUUCACCUCAUUGUCUAUACCCUCAAAACCAUUGAAGCAGUAUUUGAGUUGAAAAGAGUUUGUAUAUAUUUAAACUAAAUAACUUUUAUACUCUUUGUUAUGUGUUUGUAUUGGUAUCUAGUGGAAAAUUUGGGUUUUUCUGUUUUGUUUUUGUUUUUUUCUAGUAAGUUUCUUUAAAACAGAGUUCUGAAGGCUGGGGCAGUUCCUUAGGUUCUCUUAAACUGUUUCUUAUUUGAAUGCUUCUGAAAGACAGUUCAGCUAAUGGAAGUGCUUCAGAAGGCAGUGCUUGAAGGGGAGUGGGGAAGGGAAGCAAGCUAAGGGGAGAUUUUAAAUUCUAAGAACUCGUGCUUCUAAAUGGCUAAGGAAGCUUUUAAAUUUUCUCUUAGAAAAUACGUAUUUUUAAAAAAUAAAAAAAAGUACCACUGCAUAUGUAAAAUGCAGUGCUGGUUUUAGGUGGCAACACCAGAACAGGUGCAGACCCCUAGAAUGCUAAAGUACUUUUGAAAAGUAUAAUUGCACAACUCUCUGUAUCAUGAAGUGAUUUUUUAGGCCAUCAGGUGCUUGUGAUCAAAGCUCAAAUUGUUACAAAAGGGCUGAGGCUGCUCUGGAUUUAACAAAUAAGAUGUCAUUAGAGGAAUAGGUUUAUAAUGAUGAUGUUUUUUGUCAUGUAAUUUAUUAAACAUUAUAUAGAAGCGAGUACGCAGCAUUAUGUAUUUUCCUUUAUUUCUGGAUAUUGAAAGAAAAUAGUUAACCCUUGCUACAGGGGUUGGUAUUUCCCAGCUCUGUAUGCUAAUGCCAAAUGUUCUGGUGCUCAGUGUCACAUACAGCCACAGCUGUCGAGAAGCUAACACAACACACCAGCCUGUGUCAGGAUAAUCGGGGCUUUCAGCUUUCGCACAGACCGCAGGAGCUAGUUCAGCCAUUUCAAACGUAGCUCACGUCACUAGUUACGCUGCCACAAAGUACUAAAAGGUACCGUACUGGCCCUUUCAUAUAUAGUUCUCUGUGAGAGUUAUAUUUUCGGUUUGUCUUUGCAUUUUAUACCUUGUAUGUAUCCCUAAAAAAAAAUUUUGUACUUUUUUUUAAAACGAAUUGUGUAUAUAUAGAUAGCUGCAUGAUAUACAGUAGUAAUUGUUUGGUUCCUUAAAAGUCUUGCUGCUGUCAGAUGUUACUAUACACUAUGUCCAUUACAGCUGUAUUAAACACAUUUCAUAUGUAAAUAAAUGUGGAGCAUUUUGCCCCUAAAGAUUUGUGAGAUUCUGUUAUUUAUCAUUAAAUUUCAACGGUUUAAAAAAUGGAAGUGUUUGAAAAAAUAUGGAUCCUUCUCGGCCACCUCUGUAAAACUUCUUAAUCGCUCUGGAAAUUGUGUAUCGGAUACAUGAGUUCUGCUUUCUCUCUCCAUCCUCAUUCUUAAUUUGGUUCAUUGGUAAAUGCUUGUUACCCCAUUUAUAUUACUCGCGUAUUGAGUGGUUAUGAGGUACUUCUCCAUCCUAAGGCAUACAGCUGGCGUCGCAGGAUCUUAGCGUGUAACGUACACUGGCCAUCACUGCCCUCUCCAUUAAGUGUAUACCUCUUGAACACUUGUUUGUUGAUGUGCACUGUCAACUGUACAACAAAUGAGUUAUCACUAUGCAGAAUGGUGUUUUGUAUACAGUGAACAGAUAAUAAAAGUUAAAU